UAAAUUAUGACAAGUCAAAAGUUGUCACUAUGAACAAGUCACUAAAACAACUACUGUCUUUAUCAAAAUCAAUGUAAUUGGAAAGAAAAAACAUUAGGAAUUUAGGCUCCAAAUUUCCAGUGAUAAAAAUUUGUCAUUUUAAAAGUAUCGUUUAAUUUGGACAUCAAAGUGGCGCCGCCACUACCACAAGUAUGGGCAGUGAGGUUCACUGACGAAGGCCAAAAAUGUUUCGUGAGGUCACUUGACACAUGCGGUGCGAUAAACAUAUGGAAGGAAGAACGUAGCACGAUGGACUUCUUCGUAGACAAGCCGCGGGUUGCCCAAGUGGCUUCCAUGCUGCACGAAAGAGGCAUACUAUUCUCUGUCUCCAUCAGAGACGUGGAUGAGUUGAAGUGUCGUGAGCAGGGUUCCACAAUCACUGUCAACGUCAGCGCGACUGAGCGGCCUGGUCAAUCGGAAAAUCAGUCUCCAUGCGAAUGUAUGAAUUGGAGCACCUACCACGGCCUGCGUACGAUUUAUGCUUUUAUGGACAAACUCGCGGAGACACACCCGUACUUGUGCAAUACCUUUGUCAUCGGGAAGACUUGCGAAGGAAGAGAUAUCAAGCUCCUGAAGAUAUCAAAUGGUAACCCUGACAAUAAAGGCGUCUGGUUGGACGGAGGCAUCCACGCGCGCGAGUGGGUCGGUGUCUCCGUGACCACAUACAUCUCAAAUGAAAUCGUCAAAAACUUCCACAAGAUGCCCGAGAGCGUCACCAACAAGGACUGGUAUAUACUGCCAGUGUUGAACCCUGACGGGUAUGUGUACACUCACACCACGGAUCGAAUGUGGCGCAAAAAUAGAGCGAAAUACGGACAGUGCAUGGGAGUCGAUCUAAAUAGGAACUUCAGCUACGGCUGGGGAGAGGCAGGUGAAGACGGUUCAUCUGAAGACCCUGGCAGCAUUUUCUACCGUGGACCAAAGCCUUUCUCAGAGCCAGAGACCGCUGCAGUAAAGAGGGCGAUUCUCGAGUCUAAAGCCGACUUCAAGGCGUUCCUUUCGUUCCAUUGCUACGGUGAAGUGAUUAUUUUUCCUUGGGGCUAUACUAGCGAGCCCUGUCCGACCUACGUGGAACUACUUGAGGGAGGCACGGUUAUGGCUAGGGCAUUGCACGCUGUAAACGGGCGCACAUACAAGGUCGGAAGUACCAAGGACAUCAUGUACUACUCAGCGGGCACCAGCGUAGAUUGGAGCUACGGCGUCGCCAACAUCCCCUACUCCUACAUGAUCGAACUACCAAGCAAGCAACACCGGUUCCUCCUACCCAAGGAACAGAUUAUUCCCACAGCAAAAGAAAUCUUAUGUGGAGUGAUAGAGUUAAUGCAAUUCGUCGACAAGAGAUGCAAAGGAACGUCGGCUACUUCUGUUAACAGUAAAUUAUAGCACUAGUCUUGCGUUUAAGGGCUGGAUUAUUAGCAAGUGUACUCCUUUGUCAUGUUUUGAAUUAGGUACGAAUUUGUAUAGUGAGAUUAUUUCUCAUUAAGAAAAAAGUGGACCACCCGCGCGUAAUCGCUUUUUCAUAUAAACGUAGUAUAGUCCUUAUUUUCCUCUCUGGUUAUUAACAUUAUUGAAAAGAUUUUGACACAAAUAGUUGUAUAAUAACCACAACUAUGCCUAUUAACAACUGUUUAAUUUUGUUUGAAUUUUUAAUCAUUAUAAGAGUUUUUAAAAAAUUAUAUCAAACCUGUUUUCCCCUCCUAAUUUUUACAACAGGCAAUCAAAAUAUCGAAAUAAGUCAAACGGACAUAGCUAUACAUCAAAUUAUGUAAAAAAUACUUUCUAUUAUAUCAAUAUCCAGAGAGAAAAAUGACUUCGAAGAGGAAAAUGGGGACUGCGUUUGUAUGGAGAAGCGGCCGUCCCCUUUCCUCUUAAAACUUUCGGGUACCGCAAGCUGCUAAUUAAUCUUUAUUUGGUUACUUUAAUUCUUGCAAACUAUCUGAAAUGAUCUCGUAUUCAAAUAUAAUUAGAUUAUUAAUUUAUAAUCCCUCGAAUAAAGUCCCAGUAAUCACGUGAGAAACUCUGUUCAUUUUUGUAUUUCUUUAUAUCUUUAUAAGAUUCAACAAAUUGAAAUAAAAUUCUUAUAUUUACAA